GAGAGGAGAACGCACGUCGUGCGCCAACCGGGACCACGGACCGCCGUCGCUGCCAAAUAAGUCCGCGCGCGCGGCGCGAAUAUGGCCUCGUCCACGAGGAGGUCCUGGAAGCUCCAGGAAUUCGUCGCUCAUACGCCGAACGUCAAUUGCUUGGCGCUAGGCCACAAGUCGGGUCGUGUUCUGGUCACGGGCGGUGACGAUAAAAAGGUGAACCUAUGGGCCGUCGGGAAGCAGAACUGUAUUAUGAGCCUGAGUGGCCAUACCACUCCCAUAGGAUGCGUCCGCUUCGGUCAAACGGAAGAUCUCGUAUGCGCUGGCUCGCAGACUGGCGCGCUGAAGAUUUGGGACUUGGAGCACGCCAAGCUGGCGCGAACGUUGACGGGACAUAAAUCCGGGAUACGUUGCAUGGACUUCCAUCCUUACGGGGAGCUACUAGCGUCUGGGAGUUUGGACACGGCGAUUAAACUGUGGGAUAUCCGUAGGAAAGGCUGCAUUUUUACGUAUAAGGGGCACGACAUGACUGUGAAUAGUUUAAAAUUCAGUCCCGAUGGGCAGUGGAUCGCCAGCGCUGGGGAGGAAGGAAUGGUCAAGCUGUGGGACCUAAAGGCCGGUAGACAACUAAGGGAAUUUUCAGAACACAGAGGGCCGGCCACAACUGUCGAAUUUCAUCCGCACGAAUUCCUAUUAGCCAGCGGUAGCGCCGACAGAACGGUCCACUUCUGGGACUUAGAGUCGUUUCAGCUCGUAUCUUCCACGGAACAGAGUCAUUCUUCGGCCAUCCGGUGCCUGUAUUUUAGUCAAGGCGGAGAAUGCCUGUUCGCCGGUAGCCACGACGUUUUAAAGGUUUACGGCUGGGAACCGGGUAGGACCCUGGAUACGAUACCGACCGGCUGGGGAAAAGUCCAGGACAUAGCCGUAGCUCAAAAUCAAUUGAUCGGCGCGAGUUUUCAUACCGCGAAUGUCGUUCUGUACGUGUGCGAUUUGAAAAAAAUCGCACCUCUGGGAGGAAUAUCCGCCGUGAGCUCGCCGUUCAGUCAUGGAAAUUCUCUGAGGAAGAGCUUCUCCAGGGAACGACCGAUCGGGUUGAAGAAACAUACAUUGGACGUACGAACGAUAGAAGAGGCGGAUAAAUCUGGCACCGAUCCGGAGGACGAGACCACUUACGCGGACAUACCCAACGUAACAACAGAGUAUAGGGACAUUUUUCAGCCGAGUAGGGCGUAUCCGGCGCAGCCGCAGAUACUGCAAAAUCUCUCUACCUCAAUGUCGAACCUGAACCUGAACACGAUGGAGCGCGAGGAGGUGCCGUCGAUGCCAUCCCCCUCUUCGCCGUCUCCACCGGCACCCACGUUAUCCGUGACAAAGCCGGUACCGGUGCGUGUUCAGCCGAUCAAGUCCUCGCCACCGGUACAGAGGAACACGAUCACGUCGACGAGCCAAAUCAGGGCGAAUCUACAGGCGAACAAUGGUCUGAAUCAACGAGCGUCCAAAAAUUUCGCAUCAAUACCGCCGCUGCGGCAGAACAUCACGCCACUUCCAGGGAAAAGGGUGGCCGCUAACGAACAAACGCUGACGGCACCGACUCAUCCCUUAGGACCGCAAAGGUCGAACUCAACUCUGACACCGCGUGUUGCGCCGAUGGCCGCGGUAAUUCCUGUGAUGGACGACGGCAAGUUGAAGAACAGAGUACCCAGCCCAGAUUCUCCGAAGCACUUCCUAAAGAGGCAGAGCAGCAGGGACGGGGAGCAGGGAUACGAAAGCGACUAUCCUGUACAAAUUAAUAAUAUAAGACAUAGUCCCUCGGAUCCUGCGUUGAACAGGCCGAACACAGCGCAGUCGAGGUCGACGUCGCUCAACCGAAAUUUUGUUACCUCAACCGCGCUGUCGGCGCGUAACGCCUCCACAACCACGUCUACAAGGAAGCUACUUAAUAAGGCUCAAGUCCCACCGAAUCCCAAGGUUGACAUACGCGUCUCGCAGAUAAGGACCAACGUCGAAGAUGCAGAGAAGGAGGAAUUGGUACCGAUGAGUGCCGACAAGCCUUACGGCUUGGACGUGGAAAAUUUCUUACCGCAUAGUUACACCGGUUCUACGGCGUUGGGCUAUCCUCAGAUGGGCGUACUGACGGAAAUGUCUGAGGCCGAGGUUUUGAACAGUAUGAUGCGCAGCCACGAUUCGAUGAUGGCGGUACUUAAGAGUCGGCAUCGCUCAUUACAAAUAAUAUAUUCUCUCUGGCACAAUAAAGAUCUUAAGGCCGCGGUGGAAUCUGCAGUCGCGAUGAACGAUCUGGCGGUCAUUGUGGAUCUUCUGGGUAUUAUCACAUUAAAACCAGCGAUGUGGAACUUGGACCUGUGCAAUUCCUUAUUGGGUCCCAUCAGCGAUCUCUUUCAGAGUAAAUAUGAGAUGUAUAUAACUGUAGCUUGCUCGGCAUUGAGACUUAUUCUUCGUAAUUUCGCCCCAGUGAUAAAGUCUAAUGUGGAGGCACCCCUUCACACAAUCGGCGUCGACGUGUCGCGAGAGGAACGGUAUCACAAGUGCCUUUCCUGCUACGAGAAGCUUUCGGCGAUACGGGCAGUCCUGCUAAAGAAGCAAUCGACGCCCGGCAAACUCGGCGCCUCGUUCCGCGAACUGGCCGUGCUCAUCAGGAGCCUCGAGUGACCUCGAGAGCGGCGUUGUCUGAGACCCUCGUGAAUUCGACCGCCAGUAUCGUCGGUCGACGACCGACGUCGGUUUCCUCCCGAUGAUCAUCGGCCCAGCAGUGACGAAACGAAGGCCGCGUUGUGGCCGCCAAAUGGAAGCGAGACAAACUCUGUUGAGGAGUAGCAACAAGAUCACGAUAUACCGUUGAGGAAACGUUCGUGAAAAUGCGUGGCUCGUGAAGUUUCCUGCUGCUGUCGAUUUCUUCCGUCGUCUUCGGUCGAUCCACUUGCCAUCACCUUCUCCUUGUCGUUGUCAUCUCCGCAGUCGCGCACCGAUUCUCAAAGAAAGUGAACAAAAUUGCGAUACGUUCGUUACUUAGUUGCUGAACGGUAACAAGUCAUCAUAGAUGAAAAAAAAAAAAGAAAGAGGGAGCGUCGGUGAAGGCAAGGAAAGAAAUCUAAAUGAAGAAAAGUUUGCGGAGUUAAAUGAGAGGCGGGUGAAAGCGAGGAGAGACAUAUUGUCGCCAAACAUAUCUAAUAUUAUACUGAAACAUCAGGAUUAAAUCAAUUUUACCAGUUUAAAAAAACCAUGGUUCUUUAAAGAUAUUUUUAGGAUUUUUUCUCUCUGAUCUUUUUAAGUCGAAAUCGGUUAAGUUUGAAUUGUUGUUAGGAAGUCUAGGAAUAUAUUCAUGUUAUUAACAUGAUAUUUUUAAAACAAUAAUAAAAGCACAUAUCGGAGUCUUUAAAGAACAAAUUAAAUUAAGUGGAAUGAUCCGCGUGAGAAAAGUAUUAAAAUUAAACGCGCUUUUUCUAUUGGGAGUAUUCGUAUCUCUACGCGCGUCAAUUAACAAGAUCUUUAAUUCUAAAAACAAAGCAAUAACUAAACAAGAAUAAGAAAUGGAUUCGCCAAAUCCCGAUGCAUCAGUAUACCGAUUUCCGAUUCGCAGAUAGAAAUUAGCUGGGAAAUGUUCCGAACGAGCGUCGAUUCGUUCGGGCAGCACAAAAUAAAGUCUCGCUGAACGAUGUUUUGCGCCUUUCUUGCCACAGGUCACACACUAUUAUCGAACAUUUCGGCUGGAAUCAGUCUAAAGUCCGUGGAGACGAUAAUUAAUGCGACUAAGCGAAUAACGAAGUGUAACGUAGCAUGUAACGGACCUUUCUUAGCGUAUGAGAGAGAUUGUAUUUUUGCAAGAGGUAUUUACGUCCGUUUACUAAUAAAACAAUCCUAACGUAGAUACCUUGACCCCACGGAGAGACAAAAUCGUAAAAUGUAAGAUGCGAAAGGGCCUAAGUGAGAGCUUGUACGCGCCUAGAAGAACGGAAAGGGUCGAGAAUUGGAACGGGAAAAGCGCGUAUCGACGAACGUUCGUUUUUUAUAUUCACGUUUAAAUUAUUUUUUUUACAAUAGCGCCCGUGACAUCAUGAACUGCAUUUUGUCCCGACGUUUUGUGAUUGCCUAAUAUUUCACAGAGUUAAAUACAAAAACGUGUCGUUGAUGAAGCGUCGAUGCGGUGCCGCUAUUAUAUACGCACCAUAUAAAGGUGCAUUUUUAAGGAUUUUCAAACAAUUUUUUAUACUCUAUUUUUGUCGCCGAAUGAAUAUUUUUAAUUAACACGCGGAAGAUGGAGGAGCAACAAUAAAUCCCUGGAGACAAUACGCGCCUGUUUUGUAAGAUAGUUUUCGUCUAGUUUUGCGAUCAUUUUGCGUUUUGCCGUUUUGCGAUUUCGCCGUGUCUCGUCGUGACAAAUUGAAAGGCGGUGAUUGCGCGACAAGAUCGAGCAGUAUUAAUUUGAAAGCGUUGCAUUCAUAGUAUUGCAACGUAAAAGAAGAGCAAUGUAUAUUUUCAUACUUUACACGCACGGCCUUGCACCGAAAAUUGGAUCAGUAUUAUCCAAGAUAGUGUUUAUCGCGGAAGUAUUUUUUAUAUGGAACUAUUUGUCAUAUUCCUGCGCAUUUAGCGCCAAACUGUGGCUCUUGUAGUUCUGAGUCCUAACCGCCUAACGUAAUGAAAAUCUGUUCCGCGAAAUAUUUUUGGAAUUCAAUUUGCGACGAGGAUUAACGUCACUCGCUGCCUUUCAAUCUUGUCGCGACGAUUUUUUUCGUAUCACGAUUUUUAAUAUUUAAAAAUAGGUAAUAAAUUAGAAGAAAUCGAGGCAAGAUAAUUGUGGCUGGAGGCGCUCUUCGCGUGUAUGUUCUUUUUUGUUAUCGUCGUCGUGAUAGUUAAUCUUUUACUGCUGAUUCUACGUUUUAUUUAAAUCGUUAAUUAAGUCGAUCACGUCUUCUGUUAAUUAAGUCGAUCGUUCAGCUUUCCCUUCCAACGUAACGAGAGGCGAUCCUGAUAUUGCUGCCAAUAGAGGAUUAUUUAUUACAUAUAGUGCAAUACUCGAUCGUGCGAUCGUCCUCCGCAUAGCAAGACCUGCAUUUUCGCGUUUUCUCGUCCUCGAGGAAAAGGACACCGUGCGUUGCACAAAUGAGAGGGCAAAGCCCAAGAGAUAUAGGUAUUACAACUUUAACAGUUGCCUCGAAGUAUUAUGUAAUAAAGCGUACAACUCUUUCGUUAAUUUUACGUCUCACGUGUUAUUUCUUUUUUUUUUCUUUUUUUUGUACAGCGCGUUGCUACCACAUACCUCCGCAACCAUGUUCUGCCCCGACUUUUCACGUUGGAAAAGAAUUUCCGUUAUAAAUCGACGAAAAUGUAAAUCGUUAUGUUAAAGAAAAUAGAAUCGUUUCGAUUCACUAGUGACGCUAGAAUAAAUUAGAAAAAUAAUCCCUGCGCAAAAAGCAGAAGUCAAAGGAAACGGACAGAAUUCAAGAUAAAUAUAAAACGAAUUAAAUUAUUAAGGUUUGAAAGAAAAUUCACUAUUUUUCACGAACGAAGAAUUUGACGACGAGAACUGCGAAAGGAGAUUUGUUUUCUAUUUUUAUACGGGUAGAUUCUCAUAUUCAUCUUCUCGAUAUUUUCGCGUUGUCCUCGGGUCGCGAGAUACGAAAUCACUUUGCUCACGCUUAGAGCCAUCUGACAGCACUCUUAACACGGAUAGACUUUCGCGAAUUGCAGUCUGCCAAGCGUUUUCGCGGAAUGACGAGGGAAGAGGAGCUCAAGCCUCCAACCGGAUGGCCUAAUCGCCUUCGAAACGGGGGUAAAAAAAUUACGAGGAUACUCGUUGUCCGUUCCGUCCAACUUAUUUUUGUAAGGGAGUGAGAAAGGGAGAGAGAGUGAGAGAGAAAAAAUACGAGAAAGAGAGAGAAUGCGUCCUGCGUGCGUGUGUCCUUCGAAUGCUCCUGUAAUUUAUCGUCCUGUAACUUAUCGCUCCGAUUUUAGCUUAAGCUUACGCUCAUACGUUGCGUGAUAUCGAUCGUGAUUCACGAUCUCACGAGCGAGGAACGUCUCGAGCGUGUAACUUUGCUCCAAGUUGCGCCGGUAAUCGUUGUAUCACCCGAUAUAAUCCCAAACGUGGAAUUUGCGUUUCGCAAAUCCAUCUCGAACCAUCUUACUUUUACUAGAUGUUACUUUUACUAGAUAACAAAUUUUAUUACUGUUUUACUGAUACACGUUAGUCUACUGCGCGUUAUCGCUGUUUUAUUUUAACAUUCUCGAUUUUUAUUUGCGCCGCCGCCGAUUGUGUUUAACCGGGAGUAUAAUAAAUUGUGUUAUUUAUUCUAUCCCUUGUCUUUUUCUUUUAUAUUUCCUUUAUUAUUUUAGACACGAUGGACAUUCGUGACACAUUACACGAUGCGGAAUAUAUUAUCGAAGACGAAUUGGCAGAUUUAAUGUUGGUGUCGCGUUCGCGAAGUAUGAGCGUCGGCUGUGUUAAAGAUAUUUCAUUGAAGAUAUACCUCUAUCUAUUUCACGAAAAAAAACUGGCUUAUAACAAUUUUCAAUGAUAAAUAUAUAUUAAGAAUUAUAUAUCAUAUUUUAAUUAUAUAUAUUAUAAUUCUUAAUAUGAAUAUAAUUUUGGGAUGCGAUUUUAAGCGAUGGACGAGUACUUUUUUGAUAUCGACAUUGUAAAUAUACUUCAUUCUAUAGGAAUUCCAUCUAUUUUGUACUCGCCCAAGAUGUUGCAAUAUUUAUAAUCACGUUUGUCGCCUGUUAUUUACGUAGAAAAUGUGCGAUCUUCGUUUUCAUAUUGCAGAGACGAAUUCAGCGAUUAAUUCUUCGCUGUUCUAUAGUUGGUAUUAACAAAUAUAGUCCCGCUCGACGAGCUGGGACGAAUAUCCCGCGACUGUAAAUCUUUUGUAAAUUGGAACACGCGAGAAGAAGGAUCACAAAAGGGAGUCCUUUGGUCCGCUUUGCUGUAUAUUUUUUGCCUGUUUUAAUUUCACUCAAUGAGAUCCGCUUCAAUGUUUAGAAUAUAUACGUUGUACAUAUAAUCAAACUUCGUUUGUAACUGCGGUCUAAUUGACGUGGACGGACUCGUCAUUAAUUGUCUUGCGAUUGAUAAAUAGGCAGGUCGUCCAGAAAGGAAUGAUUUGUCGAACUUCGCACACAACUGCCUUAACAAUUAUCCAGAGAUUCCUUCUUUUUACCUGUGCCGAUUGCGUGUUAAUCAACUCUAUAAGCCGUUAAGUCCGUCAUCCUGUUCGCAGCCGUAUGCGCGCUAAUUGCAAUAAUAGUACUCUUUGACAAAAAAAUUCGUGUCGU